GAAAAUCUCUAUUUGAUAGCCUGUGUUUUCCUGCUAGAAAGCACUUUUCUUUGUCCUGAUUGGUCAAUUAAAUACUCCAUUUUAUGGAUAAGAUUUUUGAACGCAUUCCUUAAAUAAGUGAAAUUAGUCUAUUUCAGAACAUAAUAUUUUAUAGUGGGAAUAUGGGAAAUAAAUUCAACCGCUUUGUCUGACAGGAAUUCAAAUUUAAAACGGUUUGUUAUGGGCUUGUCACAUUUAAGAAAUUAUUAAUUGUUAUAAGCAACAAAAAUAUUUUUCUCAGAUUAAUGUGUUCUGUUUCUUAAAUAUUAAUAACUUAUAAAUAUUCAUUAAAAAUAAUAUAUGAUAUAAUAUAUGAUAUAUAUCAAUAAAUAUAACCUCGAUGUGAUAUAUAAAAAAGUUUUAUGUCUCAAAUAAUCUGAAACAGAUUGAAGACAAAUCGUAAAAAACAUAUAAUAUAUAUACAAAGUACAUUAUCUCAUGUUAUUCGUGCAGUGAACUAAUAAUAUGGAUAAGGAUAAUAAAGUUAAUCUUAGAAGAUAUUUCUUUGGAGAAAUAGUUGAUAAGCAAUACAAGAGAGUACAACAACUUAAUGCUGCUACAAUAUUGAUAAAAAGUAAAAACAAUAUAAAAGAUGAACUUCAAGAAAUAUAUAACAAAGUAUUGCAAGUCUCAUAUGGUAUUAAUAACAUGAGGGCAAUUUUGGAAAAAAUGAAAGAACAGAAUACACAUUCUAGAGAAUUAUUGUCGCUGAUUGGAACUUUGAACAAAAGAAUUUUAUAUCAAAAGGAGAAUGUUCCACCAGAACUUAUACAAGGCUACCAAAAUGCUGAUAAGCAAACAUACGUUCAAACUCAACUCACUUCUACAAAAAGUGCUACAAAUUCAACACACAAAUUGAUAGGGCAACAACUAUCUGCUAUUGAAAUAUCUGCUGUAUAUAACAGUGAUACUAUUGAACAAGAGAUAAUAAAAGACUGUAAAAGAACACUUUUCAAUGAACCAGAAAUAUGCCCAACAAUAUCAUUUAUCAGUCCAGAAGAAUUUAAUAAAGUGCCUAAAUACAUUAUUGGGAGACAAACUUUGGACACAAUUAAUAAUUUGAUAAGUGACAUAAAUAAUACACUAAUCACCAAAUAUACAAUCUUAUCAUUGGGAAAAGCUGGUGCUCAAAAGAGGGGCGAAAUUAAUCUGUAUCUACAGUAUAAAAAACAAGAAUAUAAUAUUAAAGAAGAAAAAGGAUACUUAUACUUCUUCACAGCCGAAGAUUAUUAUAUGCAAACUAAAAAAAAGAUUGAUAAGACUAAAUUAAACUUAAUAACUGCAUUGCGCCAUUGCAAGCGUUUACGUGAAUGCAGAACAAAAAAUGAAUUGCGAUAUGUUAUAAUUAAUUAAUAUAAUCUUCAUUUUUUGUUUACAUUCUUAAUCUCUUCUAUCGUUAAUUAAUAACUUUUGAAAUAAAUAAUUUUUUUAUGAUUGUAAAAAAGUCAUAAUUUAUUAAUAGCAUUGUUAUCAUCAUAUGCAGGGUGUUAAAAAAAAAAUGAAGAGAAUUAGGAAGAUUAUAGGAUGAAAAGAAUUAUAGAAUUAUAUUAAUCACUAAAUUAAAUAUAAGUCAACAUAAAUAAAAGAAAAUGCUUGCUAUUUUUACAUUGAUGCUUGCUAAAAUUACAUUGAUUAUAACGAAAUGCACAAUGGAAAACU